UUUUUAUGUUGUGUCUUGUUUUGUUGCUGCUACCGCCGCCGUCGUACUUUCAUACGUGUGUCCAUGCUUGAAAUCGUCUCUGCUCUAGCUACAGUAAGCAAACAUUGCAGACACAAGUUGUUUGCGCUUGCAUCCAUGCUCGACUUCCUGAUAUUCAGUACGGCUAUAACAUAAGAAUAAGGUGCACGCACGCGCUUAAUUUGUCCACCUUGUCACAAACGCACACACACACGCACGUACAAACAAAUUACAUGGCCAUAGGUUUUUUGUGUUUUAAUUAAAUUGGAAAUAGUUUUUUUUAAUAAAACAUUUUAUUUUAGUUAGUGGUGCUUAUACACAAAAAACCACAAAAGAAACAAAUCACACACCUAACCUAAAAAAUCAAUAAACGUAACCAUAAGUGCACUUCAGCAAAUAUAUGCCCUAAGUUUAAUUGUGCAAAGAAUGCGAAUGUGAGCUCCAUUGGCAUGCAAAUGGGACGUAUCUAUCAAAAUAAAUCCCAGUCGCAACUACAACGCCAAAUGGCGUAAUCAGCCGACGGCAAAGCACCUAUCCCCCGCCACACUAUCCUGAUAACAACUCUAUUUUCGGCAUCAACCAAUUAGCGCACAGUGCAUAAAAAUAAUGCAAGUGAAUACGAAAUGUUUGAAAAAUAAUAUAUUGAAGAAAACAGUUGCAGGGUUCCUAAGGAAUGUGAAAACAUAGCAAACAAAAAAGAAAAUUGUGACAAAUUUUAAACAAAUUCUGUGGUCUGUUAAAAUAAAUAAUGGAAAUAAAUAAAUAAAAUAAAGUGUCGUGAAAAGCGCGCGAAAUGCUGCAAAAAUGCCAAAACCUUUGAGGCACACUAUCGGCGCUUAGUAGGUCUAUUCUGCACGUUACCGAUGAUUUUGUAACCCGAAAAUUUCAUUACCAAAAAUUGCAGAAUAGACCUGUAGUUGUCAAUAGUAUGUAUAAAACUUCCGACGCACAUUCACACGUACAUCCCCAUGCAUACGUACAAAAGGCAAUGACGUCUUCAGCUUUAUCAACGCAUACUUUAAAAUUAACCCAUUAAGCUUUCAAUAAAACAAAAAAGGAAAAAACCAGACGGGAGCAUUGCCUUCAUCUGUGUAAAAAGUAAAAGUCCGGCAGAUCAUCACUCACAUGAUUACAGCAAAAAGGAAUGGAUGCCUACACAUUACCAACAUACUUUCCAUUGGCUACAUAUUCGGAUCUGCAAUUUCUCGCUUCAAGACGAGCAGCUGCUGUAGCCGCUGCAGCCACUGUGUUACCGCCACCGCCUCCAUUACCCACCAGUGUUGGAAACUCCCUCAAUCCGUCAGCCGUUCAUGGUAGUAGUCUUGCGAGUGACAGUAAUGUUGCCACAAAUGGCGGUACGAAUGAGUGCAACGGCAGCGAAAGCAGCAACAUGCAAAUGUCACUGGACGUUGCAAGUGCGGCCGCCGCCGCUGCCGCCGCCGCCACACAUCAUCACUCCCACCACGCUCAUCACCACACCCAUGGAGUUGUGCCGCCACCACCAACCCAGCCACAUGAUUUCCAUCCCGCUUACAGAAUUCCCAGCUACAUGGAGCAUUUAUACUCACUCCAGCGGGCCAGCCCGUCGGCAACGUUCCAUGAUCCAUACACCGGCUGCGCUUCGUCAUUUCAUUUGACAGGGCUAAGUCUUAACUCUGCCGAUUAUUUAGGAGCGCGCUCACUUGGCGAUCUACAUCCAGCAACUGCGGCAGCAGCGGCAGUUGCCGCCAAUUCAUUAACAAGUACAGACUUUCAUUUCAGCGUCGACGGAUCGCGAUUGAACAGCCCGCGACCAGGAAGCCUACGCGCUAGUAUUAGCCGGAAACGUGCUCUAUCCUCUUCACCAUACUCGGACUCCUUCGAUAUCAAUUCAAUGAUAAGAUUCUCGCCCAACUCUCUAGCUACCAUUAUGAACGGUUCGCGGUCCAGCAGCACUGCUAGCGGUUCGUAUGGGCAUUUGUCGGCGGGCACCAUCAGCCCCGUGCCACAUUUGCAGCAGCUUCAAGCGCAUUUACUAAGAGCGAGUGCCGGUCUACUGCAUCCGCUGCCUUCCCAUCAAGCUGCGGCCGCCAGCAUGUUCGCCAUGGGCCACAUGCAUCCAUUACAAUCGGCCGCGGCUGCAGCAGCCGCUGUAGCAGCAACGGUGGUCAACAGUGGUUCAGUGGGUAGUACGAGCAACACUACAGGAAUACCAGCCACUGGUAGCAACACAAGCAUGCCAGCCAAUAAUAAUAUUGUUAACACGACUACACCUAGCCCCAUGGCAAGUGAACAUUUGUUGAGUAGAAAACUGCAUUAUGAAGAUAUCACAUCAACGGCAAAUACUAAGCCCGAGCAACCGACAUCUACAUCCUGUGGGGUGGCACAGGUUGAAGCGGACAGUGCGUCGGCGAAUGCGCUGGGGCGUCGGCAGCAACGUUACAAAAAUCUAAAGACUCCUCUAAAGCCAAACGCCAAUAACAACGUCCAGUGCAAUACAACGACGACAACCACACCACACAGCGACUACGAUUGCCCUAUCGUAGAUACCACGGACAUAAAAGACGAACCAGGUGAUUUCAUCGAAACCAAUUGCCAUUGGCGUGACUGUGGCAUUGAGUUCAUCACUCAGGAGGAGCUUGUGAAGCACAUAAACAACGACCACAUACAGACCAAUAAGAAGGCGUUUGUCUGUCGAUGGGUUGAAUGCUCGCGUGGCGAAAAGCCGUUCAAAGCUCAGUACAUGCUGGUCGUGCACAUGCGACGCCAUACAGGUGAAAAGCCUCAUAAAUGCACGUUCGAGGGAUGCUGCAAGGCUUAUUCCCGCCUUGAAAACCUCAAAACCCAUCUGCGAUCGCACACAGGUGAGAAGCCGUACACCUGCGAGUACCCCGGCUGCAGCAAAGCCUUCAGUAAUGCGAGCGAUCGAGCCAAGCACCAGAAUCGGACACACAGUAAUGAGAAACCGUACAUCUGCAAGGCGCCAGGCUGCACCAAGCGCUACACCGAUCCUAGUUCACUGCGCAAGCAUGUGAAAACGGUGCACGGUGCCGACUUUUAUGCGAGCAAGAAGCACAAAGGUUCCUCGAACGAGGACGGCAACGGCGGCAUAGACGGACACGGCAUUGGCAGCGUGCAUGGCACCAGUGGAUUGAAGUCGUCAAUACAUUCACAACUUCAAAAUCAUCCUCAAAUUGACUCCAGCCCACGCAGCGAUGACAUGCAUUCUGGCAAGGCUAAUAGCAUAUCCAGCCCGAGCAUCAAAUCGGAAUCAGAUGCGAAUUCGCCCGAGCAUAGCCCAAACGUCACUGAUGGACACCAGUUGGCACUACAAACGUCACAGUUAAAAUUGGCUGGCAAUAUGCGUGACACCGAAAAUGCCAGCGCUGGUUUCGGACCUGAUGAGUUUCAAUUAAGUAAUGCUGCAGCACUGGAUGAAGGCUGGGAAUACGAUGAGGACCUAGAAGUGGCGGACUUGCCGUACGUUUUGCGCGCCAUGGUCAGCAUUGGUAGCAGCGCCAACACCGGCAACAGCGGUUGCGGUGGCGAAAAUCAUGGAGUUGGUGGGGGUGGUGGCGCCAGUGGCAUGCUCGGCGGUGCUUUGCCACGCCAGCGUCUGCGGGGCCGACUGCAGGCGAAAGGUAUAAAUUUGGGAUCAGCAAUGCUAUCGAAUAUACCUGAGGCACGCAGAAACGUUGGAAUCGGUAUCGGCGAACUGAAUCAAAGGAUUAACAACUUGAAAAUGGAACCCACCCCUUCUCCGAUGUCGCCUCCAAACACCGAAUACAUAUCCAAAAUGUCGCCACCGAGCAAUCAUAUCACCGAGUUGCACACGCGUCUACACCAGCAACAAAUCAUGAGACGGGAUAGUCAAAAUUCAAAUGCCAGCACCUACUAUUGCAGCAUGCAGAGUAGGCGCAGCAGCCAAUCAUCUCAGGUGUCUUCCAUAUCUACUAUGAGACCUUCAUAUAAUACAGGUUCUCUCUAUGAUCCCAUUUCACCUGGUUGCUCACGUCGUUCCAGUCAACUGUCGAAUGUCACCUCGGGCGUCUUGGGUGGCGGCGGUGGAGGCAGCGCUGGUAACUUCAAUGCCAAUGUUAACGCCAAUUCUAACCCCAAUGGCGACGCCGACGGUAAUUGCGGUUUCAAUGAUAACUGCUAUAGAAAGCCGCUGGUAUUCAACAAUAUGGGUACUGUUGAAGCGGGCACUGAUAGCUCAUCGCGCGGCGGUACGUUAAAGAUGAGUGAAAGCAGCGUAAACAGCAACAGUUUGCCGCCCCCACCAUCAUCACACCUGAUAUCGUCACACUUACAGCGCCUCCAAUACGCCAACUACCAACACAAAGCUCUUCUUCGGGACCGCGGUCGCAGCUCUAUACCAAACAUGCCUUUCCCACAUACUCCGGAACAAAAAUCCAAUUCGAAUGGAAUCGAUUCGUAUACAUCAAACAAGACAUUGCUAGGGCCCGCAAGGCGUCGUCAAUCAGAGCCUGUUCGCACAGAAUGCGAUCGGUAUGCACCUUCGUCUCCAACAUCGCUGUUGCCGGUUCCAUACAAAAUACGUGGUAGUACCAGCUGCCCGCCCAACGGCAUAGGAAUUGAAGACUGCCAAGCCAAAGCGAAACUCAACAGCUGCUCUGCGCGCAGUCGCGAUGAGUCUAUGGCUGCAUACCGAGAGCACCAUCCAAAUGAAAGGGUCAACUUGGAUGAGGUUGAAGAGGACGAGCUAAUAGAGAACAAGCUGGUAUUACCAGAUGAAAUGCUGAUGUAUUUGAAUCAAGUAGCUGAUAAACCAAAUGUCAGUCAGCAUCAGGAGUCUUCAACGCAGCAGCAGCCACCGCCACAACAACAGAAGGUACAAGGAAAGCCCCUAGAACCCAAACAACCAACAAAGGGCGCACCUGUCGGCAAUGUUCCAACUGUCAAUGAAGCCCACUCCAAAUCGUCUACACCUCAAAUCGUAGGUUGUGCUGGGAAAAACGCGACAUGUCAUCUACCCUCGCCCAUAAUGUACCCUAAUAGCCCUAACAUGGUUGAACCAAGCCCAUCUACUUUGGACCAAAUAAUGUCCCCACAGUCUGCAUACGCGAUGCCGGCUAUAGACAUCCCCCAUUCCCGUCCCAACCUGAACGCCCAAGCAGCAACUUCCCCUUACGAUUUUUAUCGCGCCCAGCCACAAUCAGUCGAGGUACGGGAUAUGGACUAUGACUGCAGGUUCCAGGUAGCAUGCCAGCACCAACAACAUCAACAACAGCAGCCAUGUAACCACCAUCCACUGGCCACAAAUUAUAUCCGUACCGAGAGCGUUGGAAUCUGUCCAACACAGCCACACCACAAUCAGCAGCCAUACCAACAGCAACGACGACAACAACAACAGCAUCUUCAUCAGCAACAACAACAACAAUCAAACUCAGCCAUUUGUGUCGAUUCAUCAAUGACCAGUUUGCCCGAUAUCAAAGCAGACAAUAUGAUUAAAGUCUGCAGCGAACAAGUUGCUACACCGGUUUCUUUUUCUGUGGCCACGAACAGCAACCUCUUAUACCGAGUUCCAUUGUCUACAGCGCAAACUUUGCACCAACACCAACAGCAGCAAUUGCAAGAACCAAUUGCGUCGACAUUGAGUGGACCAGUGAAAAAGCUAGCUGCUGCUGAAAUACAAUGUGGCGAUAUAAGUCAAUCACAAAUGUCGCCCGCAUUGGAAGCGCACCACCAACCAGCCUCCGCAACAAAGUCAACAAUAGUACCAGCCAAAAGUACAAAAGACACACAACCGACAGUAACCACCACAACCAUGAGUGUGCAAUCAGUAGCAACCAAUCAGACGAUUCAGUUACCCCCACCACCAGCGGCAGUGGCAAAUAGACAUUUCUUCUGCAACGCACCAACCACAACAGCAAUUGCGGCGGCAUCUACCACAAACUUGCUUGAAGUUAGCGCCAAUAUCGGACGCAUGUACGUGCCCAGCGAUGGCGGUAGCAUGCGUUUCGAUACAUAUCAGCGGACACUCGAGUACGUGCAGAAUUGCCAAAACUGGCUGGAGACCAACAACUCACCGACUGGCAACUGUAGCAGCGAACUCCGCGACUACGAGCAAAGCGCCCAGCAGGCCGUUAGCAGCUCCACACAUCCUAACUCAAACAUGAUCAUAAACGACAUGACAACCUCGUUGAGUUCGCUGCUGGAGGAGAAUCGAUACUUUCAACUUCUGCAAUAGAUUGUGUAAUAAAGAUCGAGAACUAUGUUACUUUCGCAUUGUGGUAGUCAUCAGACGCGAUAGUUACAAUUUAAUCGUACAAUGCGUAACGUAUUCGCGCAGUUUUGACGUUUUCUCAUUUCAUCCCGUUCUUAUUAUCGCUUCCAAUUUAUCUUUUUUUCAUCUUUCUGUCCUCAAGACUGGACGUCCAGACUUAACGCCCAGUUAAAAAUUAAAAUUCCAUUUGCUCGGGAUUAGCGCCCCGUUAUUGUGGGAUGCUUCAUACAAACAAUUCUUUGGCGCUUAACAUCCAAUUUAGGCAUGGCUGUGAGCAUGUGACAAGCGAAAGCAUAACAUCGUGCUUACAAUGUGCACGUUUGGCCGGCACUGUACUAGAAUAUCAUUCGCUUAGCUAUGUAAAUAAAAAUAACCUAACCAAACAUAUUUUGCACCAGGGAAAAGGGAAGAUUACCAAGGUCAAAAAGCUCAAACUGUUGGGUUUGAAAAAAUUGCAAUAUGUAUAACAAAACGUUGCAAGUUUUUAUAAGUGUUCUAUGUUUAUAUGCCUGAUUAAAUAAUUAAAGGUUCGAUAAACUGACAGUUGUCUCUCUCGCGCCACUCCCUUAGCAGUAGCAUCGUCUUCUUUGCAAAUUUACUUGAAAAAGUGCAGCUUACGUGUGAAAUAGAAGCAUACGUUUUUGUACAUUUAACUGAUCAAAACAUAAAUUUAACUCAUGAAAACUUAAAUUGUUUUUAAAUUCGAUGUUUACAUACAAUUCAUAGUAGUUUCAUUCUAGUUCUAAGCCCUUUUUUCAGUUUUUAUACAUAUAUGUAAUACUCCUAUAAUGGCAGUAAGAGCUAGUACCGUCCGAAAACAUUACAGU